AUGCCAGUGCCUGACCUGGGCGCGCGGCUCAUGAAGCCCGACCAAACCAUCCGUAUGACCCUGGAAUCAUAUUCUCCCGUGUGGUCGCACGAGAACAUCCCACAAGAUGGGUUGACUGACAGCGGAAGGCUUGUAGCUGAGCCUUCGCUUCGGUACCUUGUGCCAUUUCUGGUCUUUUUCUCUCUGCCCACCUCCCAUGCACGCAGAAUACAACGCAGUAAUUUCGUGUCUCUUCUGCGAGACCAAAGUGCUUUCGCCCAAGCUGCUUGUUCACUGUAUCUUCGACCAUUCUUCCUGGAAGGUGGUGAUUGUCAGAAUUCUGUCAAUCUCGGUAAUGAGGAGCCAUUCAGCUCAAUCGUAUUCGAACCUAUGGGGUUGGAAAACUGCAAGUCAAGCCGUCGACGAUGA